CAUGGGAAGAAGAAGAAGACUUUUGCCGAAGGGCGCAUUCAACCAUCCUUCCGAACCAUGGGAAACAAGUUAGGCGGCGGCGGCGGUGGAAGUCCUUGUGCGGUGACGCAUUUGACCCCUGGCGAAAAACAGGCCAUUCGUCGCACCUGGACACUCUUCAUGAAGAACAUACGCGAAGACGGCCCUGCCGUAUUCAUGGCUCUCUUCGUUAGGUACCCGGCAUAUCAGAAGCUCUUCGCCCCCUUCGCCGACGUCGAUCUCAGCGUCCUGCCCAACGACCCUCGCCUUACGGCUCACGCAGUCUCCUGGGCCUACUUCAUGACCUCCAUCGUAGACAACUUGGACGAUCCACCAACCCUGACCGAGCUGGUCAGGAAGCUGGCGAGGAACCACCACAUCUACACCGUCGGACCGCAGCACUUUGAGCACAUGAGCGGCGUCAUCGUACAGGUGUUCCAGGACAAGUUGGGCAAGAAAAUGACUCCAGUGUGCUGCGAAUCGUGGGGCAAGAUGAUGGAGUACGUGGUGCAGACUGUCCAGUCGGUCAGCGAAGAAAAGGAACGGGAGGAGAAGCUGCUGGAGAAGGAGAGUCCUGGUCACGAUGGGGCCGAAGACGAGGGCAAGAAGAAGAGGUCCAAGAAAAAACAGAAGAAGAAAGAGUAAUAAGUUGCUCGUUGAGAGUAAGAAAAAAAAGAACUGUUGUUGAGGCG